AGGAGGAGGAGGAGGAGGAGGAGGAGUUGGAGGAGGAGGAGGAGGAGGUGCAGAAAGGCAGGAGGGAGAUCUAGCGGCGUCUGGUAUCCCCCGGAGGAGUGCGGCAGGAGGGAGCGGCAGCAGGAGGCUCUGAGUGUGUCCUCGGUCACUCUCACGGACGCUGCCGGUGCCUACGCGCUGCUCUGCCUCCCGUGUUCGCUGCUCCGUCGUCACUCAGUUCAGCGAUCCAUCAUGUAGCGCUAUAGAGGAGUGCACUCGAGACACUCUACAGCUCAGUGGCGUGAGUCGGUAUCGCGCUAGACUGUCCACCUCACGCCUCUUGCGAAGGACAACAGGCGCGGGGCGGAACGUGUCCUCCCAAGCAACAGGUAUCGUGAGUCUACCAGUGUGAGGCUGCACUGCGUAAGGGCGUGUCGAGGCCGCUGCCACUCGAAGCCAAACACCACACGCCGCGGGAACUGACGCCCACCGUGGUAGAAUAUUCCCUCCCAUAAAGCAUUUACAUGAACUAAGGACGCAUCAGGAAAUAUACAUAAAGCUAAUAUAAACUUUUUCCAUCAAGACGCAGCAGCUCUAUAAGGCACGAAGCUGUUCGAUGUAUGGAUACGUACGAUUCUUAUUAAGAAAGGAAUGGCGAUAUCAGAAAAUAUAACCGAAGUAGAGUUUCGUACUUAGCGAGAGAACAAACGUAUUGACAGAGAGCAUCGGAGGACGGCAGAGUUAAGAAGAAAAGACACGAGUGAACAGUGACAAACACGUAUACUCGCACAUAACUGCCUAGUGGUGACAUUUCAAUCAGUAGGUCAGGGCUAACGGUGACAGUAGCAGUGGUGGCGGGCACGAGACGCAGUAGCAGUGAAGCAGAGGCGGUUAGGGAGUAACAGGCAACAGUGACGCUACCAGGAGGAAUCAUCACCACGAGAUGAGUGUUGUGAUAGAACUUAAACACCACCCCACCGUCACCACCACCACCAGCGCCACUACCGGGACCACUCACCACUCCUCUCACUCCACCGUCCUGAGCAGAUGAGCGCAGAGUGUGAUGGGCGGCGUCGGGAGGCGGCCUGCGGAGCGCGGUGGGCGGGCAUGGGUGUGGGCGUGGCCGUGGGUGUUCCUGCUGGCCUGGGCUGCCUCAUGGGUGGGGCGGGCUGAGGGCUGCGACAUGGGAGAGAUGCGCUGUCACGACGGAAGCUGUGUCUCCGCCGACCAGUACUGCGACGGCGAGGCAGACUGUCCGGGCGGCGAGGAUGAGCCCGCCCACUGCACCCAGUGCAACAGACUGUAUUACGGCACGGUGGGCAAGACAUAUGAACUGCAGGUGUUGUGGCCGCUCAAGACGAGACGAGGCCCCGUGUGUAACCUGACGCUGGUGGCUGCCGGGGGCCCGCAUGGAGACCUCAUUCAGCUGGCCUUUAACAAGUUCACCUUGGGCAAGUUCAUUUCGCACACUGAUCAUGGCUGUCCACACGGUCACAUGCAGAUCAUUGAGAACCAGAGGAUGUACAAGCCGGGCUUUUGGUGCGGGGACGGCCUUGGACUGGCCAUAUAUUACUCCGAGACGCCCUCCGUGUCCGUCAUCAUCACGCGGCUCCCGACCGUCAACGACCUCACCGCCCUCGACGACUUCCCGAGUUUCUACGUCAAGAUGACGUACCAAUUUCUCCGCCGAGAGGACGCUGUGGUGCGUUAUGGGAGGCAGGCGCAUCCCAAGUACCUGGGCCUGCGGGACAAAACAACGGUGUGCAACGCCUUCUUCUCCAACUGUGACCAGCAGCCGUGCUACGUGCAGUCCCCGAACUUUCCUGGCAUGUACCCGCGCAACACCACCUGCUACUACCACCUGAGGCAAGCCAAGACGCCCGCCGGCACGAAGGCCAUUAUGGUCCUCAGCCAGAAAGACGGACGCCUCGUGCACAUCAAGAGUCAGGCGCAGCCCCACGACACGGCCGAGCGGCACCUCAAGCUGUAUGGGGACUGUUACUACGUGGGGGACUACGUCCGUGUGUACGACGGCAACUCCACCACCUCACCCGUGCUCAUCACCUUCUGCCGCGGCGACAUCGUGCCGGAGAUCGUGUCCUCCGGGCCAGACGUCCUCAUAGAGUUCACCACCUCGGCCUUCGACAAACCAGUGCACGAGAUGCCGUGGACACACCUGGCAGGAUUUGAGCUGAAGGCGGAGACCCGCUUCAUCCCGCAAGACGCCAUUGGGGAGGACUGUCGCGUGGUGAUCCGCAGCAGCGACAACAGCAGCGGCUGGGUGGAGGGUGCUAGCCACAGCGUGCCGCCCAACACCACCUGCGUGUGGCAGUUUCUCGGCUCGCCCGACCAGGUGGUGUGGAUCACCUUCGUGUACUACACCAGGACCACGCAGCUGGCCAAGCUGCAGGGCAAGCUGUGCACCACGCAGCUCACCAUCGCAGACGGGGUGUGGCCGAAUGGUACCACCAUCGAUACCCACUGCCGCGGCUCCGAGAUGCGCACUUGUCACCGGGCACGCCGGCUAAGGGAGGACACCCUCGCCAGACCCUGUGAUAGGAACGAGUCUUACGUAUCCAGCGGCAAGAGCCUCAGUGUGUCUCAGUUUUACGGGGACGGAAGCAUUGUCACCAAAGUCUCCUUUCUGUUCAGGUACGAGUUUGUGGACCGGCGGCAGGCUGGGGAGUGGGUGGACGACCCCUGCACCCGCGUUAUCCGGAGCGACGGCGCGUCCAGCGGCAACCUCUCCUUCACGGCGCCGCGGGACGUGUUCCUGUACGGGCGCGGUGGGCGGUCAGCAGUGUCGUGCUCGUGGCGCCUGCUGGGUGCACCGGACCAGGUGGUUCGCCUCACCAUCACCAACCUACAGACGGGAUCAUCGGGGUGCCGCAGAGAGGUGAACCGGCAGACCAAGGCGCUGCGCUGCCUGCCUGGCGCCGCCACCCACAUGUCCAUGUCGGUGUCCGAGUGGCCGUGGGCCAACGUCGAGCUGCCGCUGGCGUGCGUCUGUUCCCAGGACGACAUUCCCCUGACGGAGGUGUCCCACGGGCCAGACCUCACUCUCAACAUGACCAUCCGUGGCAUGCUCACCCACGAGGACUACACGCACUACUCCUUCAACGCCACUUACGAGUUCCUGCAGGCGCCGGGGUGCAUCGGAGCCACCAGGGUGCUGACGGGCGCUGCGGGGGAGGUGGUGGCCUCCUCCUCCUCCUCGGACACAAAGACCAAGUGCGAGGGCUUCCCGUGGCUGCUUAAGACGCCGCCCAAACACGCGCUCUUCCUCACGCUGCCCCGCGCCAGCCUGGACAACGGCACCUGCGCCUCCGAUACCAGGCUGUUUUUUCACGUACCCGGCCAGGCAGACCCGGUGCUAGGCGUGUGUCCCGCAGCAGACCCCGCCGCCGCCAUCACCUUCUUCUGGCCGCCGCCCUCCUCCACACCGCGCCUCCCGGGUCAGACCACACCCGGCGAGGAGCAGGAGGUCGAGGCUACAGAACAGAAAGAUGACACUGACGACACGUCCUCCGUUCAUGAGCUGGACCUACGAGAGCCAGGUGGUCUCGGUUCGACGCUGGUGGUGGCCUGGCAACCUCGCAGCGCCUCGCAGCUUCGCCUUCGGUGGCUCACCACCUGGACUCCCGGUGGCCCCGCAGAACAGGGACGCCUCCUAUGGCGGUCUGGUGCCGGGGCGGCUGAGGAGUGGAAGGAGGAGCCAAAUCACGCUCCUUGCAAGGAACUGUGCCCAGAAAUCCAGGCGUGCAUCCCCUCCGAGCUGUGGUGCGACGGCCGCCAGCACUGCCCCAAGGGUAGUGACGAGACCGUGGCUAACUGCCUGCUGGAGCGCAUCCCGUGGCUGUACCUCACCAUCGCGGUCCUCACCCUGCUCACUCUGCUCUCCAUCACCAUCUCCGCCGUGAGCCGCCACCGCCAGCAGAAGGCCAAGAAGCGGCAGCAGGACGCCAGGAGGGUGUCCACGCAGGAGUCGAUCCUCCCAAAGGAGAAAAGUUUAAGUGCCUAUGCUCUCGACUACACCGACAUGGACUUUGAAACGACCGUCUGAGGUGUGCCCGUGGCGGCCCUCUGGCUCCUGUGUGUGGCUCGUGUGUGUCACUGGCUGCUGAAUGGUGCGCGUGUAGUGGCCCCCACUUGGACUUGGACUUGGUGUCUAUCUCUCUCACGGGUGUGGCCAAGGACACGUCUUUGGCUGGUGCUGUGUGUGUGUGUGUGUGUGUGUGUGUGCAAGGUCAGUCUCAUCCUCCGGCACGCCCCUCCAAUCGGGACUCCUCACGCCUGCCGUCUACAGGAGGCGUCGACAGGAGGCGCCGCAGGCCAAGAUGGGGAGAAUCCGCGCCCUGUCCAAGGUUUAUUAGGUGCGAGGGUGCCGCGUCCCUAUCGAUUCCCUCAUUUCCUCACUACCUAACAUAUUUCCUAUACUUGCGGGUUCGGACUGUUAUCAAAUUAUUGAGAAACGCUGGAGCGCAAAACUAAGCACUCCAAAUUGAGGAGGCGUGGAUAUUUCAUCGCUAUUUUUUUACAUGUACAUAUAUAUAGAGUCCAGUCUUAAUUUAAGUGUGUUCCUCGAUUUCAGUCGCCAGUUCCCGAAUGAAGACGAUACUCAGCCAAAAAAAAAAUAUAUAUAUAUAUAUAAAUAAAUAAAUAAAUAAGAUAUGAGAAAGUCUCACAAGUGGAAAGAAAUAAGCUAAAAAAAUCCUUGAAAAUGAAACAGUGAAUAAAAGCUGAAAAAAAAAGAAGGAACGACCAAGAGGAGUAGAAGGAGGAGUAUUAAAAAGUGGAGAGCAGUUUUAAAGGUCUAAAAGCGAAUGAAGCAAGAAACCCAAUAAAAGGAAAGCUAGAAAAAAAACAAAAACGAAAUGCGAUAAGGGAAAGAUGAUGAAUAUGAAUACUGAAGUUAAUAUCCUAUCCAUUGUAACCUGUGCUCACCUGACCAGAUAGUGACUACGGCCUAAACACGAGACAGAGACACUUGCACCUCCCUUUGCAACUUGAGGAACAGCAUACACGUAGUUCUCUAGUGACAGACGGAUAGAUCUGAGGGAGGAAAGGAGGGCAGGAAAGGGAGACAUUAGGACGAUUUGAUUAAAAGGACAAUAAGUAUCGAGGGUCUUAUGCUGAAGAGUUAGGGGAAGGUGAGGUAAGGGGAACAUAGCAGAAGGUAGCAGAAGGUGAGGGAAGGUGAGGGAAAGUGAGGGUUAAGUUAAAGGAUCAGAAGGUUGAAACGAGUAUAAUUUAACAUAUCAAUCCCUUUGUCAAGACAGUUUGAUGAGUUACAAGUACAAUGAAAUGAUGAGUUGCAGGUGCAAUGAAAUUAUUAAAGAAAGAUGUAUAUGUGAAUAAGUAAUUCCAUGCAGUAUUUGCGCUCAUUUCACUAAAGUAUCGAAGAAAAGCACGUUUCGUUGAUAGGUUUUCAAUGUUUUAACUCUAUGUGAAUGAAGUAAGAAAGAUGCCUCAGUGAAAAAUAAGUAAAUGAAGAAACCGUUACAUAAAUAAGAAACUGUCAAAUAAAUAAGAAAGUUAAAUAAAUAAGAAACACUUGCAUAAAUGAAGAAACAAUUGCAUUAAAAAAUCUGAUCUUCACAAGCAUCGCAGAACGUUCGAGUGUUUAAACAAUACACGGUGAAGGAAGGCAGGAAGCUGUGUGUACCAGGUUAGGGAUACUGUUGCAUUAUUCAGAGGAAUGAGCAUCGGCUGAUCUUAGGAUUGGGAGCACCGGGAUCCAGCUGACAGGCGGCCAUCCUCAUUUUUGUGAUGCUUCCUUUGUGGUGUUUGGUGCUGUCUGAAAUUGUUUCUUGUUUUGGCUGGUUUAGUUGAGCACACACACACACACACACACACACACACACACACACACACACACACACACACACACACACACACACACACACACACACACACAUUUAUCUAUCUAUCUAUCUAUCUAUCUAUUUAUCUAUCUAUCUAUCUCUCUACCUAACUGUCUAUCUAUCUGUGUGUCUGCCUAAUUAUUUAUCAAUCUAUCAAUCUUUCCCCCAUUCAUUAAUCCUCUUUAUUUACCAUCAUUUAUUUACAUCAUUCCCUUACCAGCACAGUCCAUCCCAUUAUACUCACAAAAGUCAAGGAAAAAUAACAAAAACAAACAGAUGCUUGACCUAAACCAACGCCAUUAAAAUCCACAAGAUAAUCCCUAGCGCAUCACCAUAAGGACCUGUAAACACAAGCACUGCAGCGGGAUGAAGAAUGAAAAAGAAAACGAUCCUGUCAUUUAUAUUCCCUGACAGGCGGAGGACGAACUCAAGACAGCAAGGAUGGGCAGAGAUGAAGGAGACGAAGCGGGUAUGAGAUCAUAGAAAAAAAAAAAAAGGCUCGUAAGUGAGGGACGUGUGAGACUGUGUGAAGAACGAAAGAAAGGGAACGAAAGGAGGUACAUGCGAAGAGGGGGGAGUGAGGUUGUGUGAAGGAUGAGGGGAAAGAAAGGGGUACAUGAAGGUUUAUCUUUGCUGUAGAAUGUAGGGUGUAGAAUGUAGAGUGUAGGGUGUCUAGUAAAGGUACUGUAUAAACUCUGAGAGGGUAUCAGUUUAGGUGUGAAGGCUCAAGAUAGGUGAUGGUAGAAGAAUCUUGUAUUAGAGAACAGACAAAAAUUCAGGACAUCUUGAAUGAAGUUUAGAGAAAAAGAAUAGUGGAUAUGGGAAAGUUAUAUCAGGCUCCAGGUAGAAGUAGAAAGUAAACAAUUAUAUUAUAUGACAGUAGAUAAUUGGGAGUUAUAAAAGAGCAAUCUCGGAGCACUAAAAGGAAGGCACGACGGACAGACAGACAAAAGAACUACUAGAUGGAGAGGCGAGACAAGAAGUGUUGCUGGUGUAGCCUGGAAUAGACAGGCAGUCCACAGAAAUGGGUCGAGAAAAGACUGGGAGAAGCCUUGUCCUACUGGGGAAUCAUAAAGACUAAUGAUGAUGACGAUGAUGAUGACGGUGAUGAUAAUGACGAUAAUGAUGAAAGGAGGGAAAGGAAGGAAGAGUAUAUGACCACAAGAAGGCGUAAAAUCAGGUAGGCAGGGAAGCUAUGCCACUAGAGAAGGGCUCAAAGGGUAAAAGGGGCAGAUAUUGAGUUAAGGAAUCAGGUUAGCGGUGGGAAAAGAUGCGAGCAGGUGAGGGAAAGGAAUAAAGAAGAGAUGAAGGGAAGUAAGCGGGAGGUAAAUUGGAAGUGGCAGCGAAAGUAAAUAUUCUUCUAUCCUCCCAUCGCAAGGAGUUUUACGUAUAAGAAUAUGCAAGCAGGGCAGAAAACUAUUCAUUAUUUUCAUGCGGACGUAAUGAAUCAAGGGAUCUGAGCUGACAUACUGAAAAAAGUCAAGAAUCCUUUUUCAUUAAUUAUAUAUCUCAGUGGAUGCGUUUAUUUAUUUAUUUAUUUUUAUUUAUAUAUUUUUUUCAGAAGCCCUUACAAGGAAGUACAAAAUUUCCUUUAUUAAAAUUUUGGUAGAUAAAGAGAUUCAGAUUUAAAUAACGACGAAAAUAAUUAAAUAAAUGACAUCAAGCAGCUGAUAUCCUUAUUUCCAUUGAUCUUUAUACAUUUUUUAGCACAGCCUAUAUAAAAACAACAAAAAAAAUAAUAAUAAUAAAUAAAGCGAAUGAGAACAUAUAGGAAUAAAUUAUGACAAUGCAAAACAAGAUUAUCCGUUACGAGUCAAUAUGGUAUACAUUAUCUUUUUCCUUUACAAAUGAUAAUACAUACUGCACAUGUAGUUCAGUAAUAAGUAUGGUAAAGCGUAAAACGUUGCACAAGAAAACAAUGCAUCUCUUAUCCUUGAGGGCUUUCAAGUUUACAUUUAUGAUACUGGGAAGCUGCACAGGCGAGCAAAGUGGAAGGAAAACACACAACCAUGAGGCAGACAUUAAUUCAUGAGCUCUAUAACUUUAUGGACGAGGAUUAAAGAAAAAUCACCCUUCAAUAUUGAUGAAAAUUACAGAAAAUAUCGUGCAUCUGACGAACAAAUACCGAACUAAUAAUAGCGAUAACAACAACUCAGUGACGACGAGGCGUAAAAGAAACGAUGUGCAUAACAUUAACAAUAAGAAAACACAAAAAAAAUAAUGAAAACUGGAACUAAAACGCAAAUACAAAACUUUAAAAACGAUAACAACUCAGUGAAGAUGAAGCGUAACAGAAACAUGAACAUGACAUUAACGAUAUGAAAACUUACGCAAACCUGAACGAAGACUAAUGAAAACUGGAAUAUGAAAUCAAAAAGAAAAUAUUAACUCGAGUGAAAACAUCAAAAGAGAACGAGGAGAGAGGAAGCGCUUAUUACAACAGUUACCGGGACACACCUCGAUAGUGACAUGUAUAUAAUUAUCCAUUUUUACCUAGCAAUGGGGCACAAUUUUCCUCCAUUAACAUUAUUACACAACCAUUAUCCUCGGUGUCUUACAUUUUCUGUGUGUACAAUGAUAACAAAACAAGAAAACGUGUAUUUUCCUAACCAACACCGACUUGUAUUACAUUUUCCUCAUUUACGUAAUCGUUUUGGUGUAUUUCCCGUAUUUCCUCGUUUCUUCAUUUGUGUCAUCCGUAUUUUCAUUUAGAGACGAAGAGGGAGAGUGUAAAAGGAUCAUUCGAAGCCUCAUAUGUGGCGAAAAAUUAGAACUUUGAGAUAUAAAGCUUCGAAUUCCGUUUCAGACACUGUGUUGGUGUUUCAUUUGACGGGGUUCAAGAUGAAAUGAAGCAACGGCCGCCAUGCUCUAGCCUCCGCCCGCUGCUCUUCAUUAUUAGCGCAAAAUAAAUGAAGCAGCAGCAGCAGCAUCGCAUAUGACAGCAAUUUCUCAAUGUUAGAUCACACUGUAUUAAAAACUCAUUCGUCGUGGAGGUCGAGGACAAUUGUGACAGUGAAAUCCUCUCCCGGUGAUGUGUGUGUGUGUGUGUGUGUGUGUGUGUGUGUGUGUGUGCUUGACUUUUAGAUUAAUGUGAUUUUCGGGAUGUUUCAAGAUUUUUAGGGAUAUCGGGUGAGUUUCCAGGCCCGGUCAUCCCGCACCCCUUAUCCUUCCCUAAUCAAACUUCGGGGUGAGACUUUAUCUCCCCACCCAUCCCCCAUCUCCACCACCACCAUCACCACCAACACCACAGUCCCUCCGAUCCUUCUCCACGUCACACCUACGUGCAUCAUUCUCUUCUAACACAAAUGCGUGCAAAAGUACAUGAAAAUUAAUUUGAACAGCUGACUACACUUCAUUGGCAGGCAAACAACUUCACAAAAUUCACAUCGGAAUAAAGUCUUGUGUGUGUGUUUUGCUUCACGUCACUCAAACUUCUCGCAUGAAAUGAUUUAAUGAGUGAAAAUUCUGCAAUUCCCGUGUAAUUAUUUAGAGCAGGGAUUGCCUCGAUUCCAUAAUAAGUCUUUCCUUCUUUGAAGACUGGUGUUGAGGAAGUAAUAGCAAAUGUCACCUCUCAUUUCAACAAGUAACAAAAUUGUGACCUCUCAUUUGAACAAAUACUAAAAAUGUUAUGUCUCAUUAAUUCUGAGGAAGUAAUCAAAAUAUGGCAUCUCAUUUGAACACAUAAUAAGAAUGUCACCUCUCAUUUAAACAAGUAAUAAAAAUGUGACCUCCUCAUUUUUACAAGUAAUAGAAAUGUGACCUUUCAUUAGAACAAAUAAUAAAAAAUGCUACUUUUCCUUAUGACAUCAGAGUGAAGACAUAUUAAGAACAAACGACGUGCAUAUCACUGAGAUAAUUAAUUAACCUUUAGAGGCGCACGUCGAGGAAGUAAUGAAGUUGCGCCCUUUCAUUUUAACCUUAGUGACGGAUAAAACUACGCAUCAGUUAUUACUAAACCACCGAGACAGGAGGAAAGAAUCCAAAAGGUCAUUAAUCUAACCAGACUCUUUAUUUAAAGAUCUGCUCUUGUGACGUGAAGGUGAGGGCAAAGAUAUCAAGAAAUGACAGAUAAAAUAUUACCAAAACACGAAGAGAAAAUGCAGGGAAAGAAACAACGACAGAAAGGUCAUUAAUCUAAUGGGGUUCUCUAUUUAAAGGACUUAUCUCUCCUGACGUGAAGGUGAAGGCAAAAAAUAUUAAGAAAUGACAAACAAAAACGUUACCAAAACACAAAGACAGAAAGUCAGGGGGGAACUAAGUUUUAAAAAAAUAGAUAAAUAAAGCAAAGGUCAAUCUAACAAAACACAAUAAUGGAUAUUUCACUCAUUAUAACUAGCAAGCGAAACAAAAAUAAAUUAUGCAAACUGUUACUUCCCCUACAAAAAAUAAAUAAA